AUGUUUCGUACGUUGCGAAACCAUUGGAAAAAAUCUGUGUUUGCUUUUUGUGCGAUUUCGUACGGUGCGAAAUGGUCGUACGAUCGUUAUCAAGCAAAUCAAAUUCGUGCGUUUUAUUGUCGACAAGCUUCGAUCUUAGGGUCGCAAACAUAUCCGUCGAUGAAUCGAUUAAACCGUGUCGCUGUCCUAUUGAAUGGAAAAGCAAAUAAUGGAAAAGCCAAAUCUCUCUACGAUAAAACGAUCUUCCCUCUAUUACAUUUAAUUGGUCUUGACGUGCGUGUUUAUCGUGUGGAUACAAUUACAGAUCCAAAUGGUUUGACUGAUCUUCUGACAAAUAAAAUCGAACCUAAUGAAUUAAACGCAUUGGUGAUUGUUGGCGGUGAUGGAACGUUAAGUGAACUUGCUCCGUAUCUCUUUCAAUCGAAUGUUUUAGAAAAUCUUCCAAUUUGUGUCGUGCCUAUCGGGGAACAUGUUUCUUUCGCACGCAGUUUGUUACCCACAACAACCAAGAAGAAACUCCACGACGAUGUCAGUUUACUAUGUGAAUCUGUCUUUGCUUUAUUCAAUGGAACAAUUGUUCGAAGAUCUUUAUUAAAAAUUACAACGUCAGAGAAUGAUGAAAAACCAGUUUAUGCAAGCACAUUGGACUUCGGUCAUUAUUCUCGGCUUGAACAACUUCAAAAACGUCUGUGGUAUUUCAGUUACUUGAAGUAUCCAAUUUCAUCUCUAUACCAUUUCAUCACAAAUUCACACGCAUCGAUAGUCAAUUCCGAACAGCCGGCAAUUCUCUAUUCACAUCCAUGUUCAGGUUGUUUGCGUUGUCAGCCAUAUCUUAUGGACCAAUAUCGUUUAUCUCAACAGCAGCAACAAGAACAAAAGACAAGUUUUUUCUCUCGUGUAUAUCAAUCAAAGCGUUCUAUUGUUCAACCAAGUUCCACAUCCGUAACACCGCCUGUUGAAAAUCCUGAUUGCGGUGUGGAAUACUGUCUCAAUCUUGACAAAUCACCGAUUCAACUUGGAGUCAAAUUACACGGCAAUGAACAGAACUUUCAAGUUGAUAUCAGCGAUGAUCUACAACGAUUCAAUUACGAUAAAGAUACACAUCCCAAACAAUCCCUAUAUGUCCAACAUCUAAGAUUUACUCCGAACACGAGUCUGCUUGCCAAGCAAAUGUUAAUCAAUCAAGAGAAAUUAAAAGAUUCCGAAGAAUUACCGACCGAAUAUCGAAUUGAACUGAGUGAAAAAACAUUAAAGUUUAUUCAGAUUACUGAUGAUCUAUUGUUAAGGAAGAAAUUAUCUAUAAAAGCAACAGUUAAUGAACUAGAAGAAGAUGCUCUUGAAAAGAAGGGUAUUUUUCUAUUUCCUCGCCGCCGUCAUCAACAUACACAAUCAUCAUGA